UGCGUCGAUGCUGAGAGCAUCCUGUUUCUGUGUGCCACGAUGCUGAAGAGACUGCUAAUGCUUCUCUGUCUGACAGGACAUGUGUUUGCCAAAGAAACCCCCGAUGUGGACUGUUUGGUGGUGCAUCUGGAAUAUGUUUACUGUUCUUGGAAUAAGCAGGGGACUCCAGAGGUCAAUUACACCUUCUACGGCUGGUUCCACGGUGCCAACGUCAGUGAGUGCCCCUCCUAUCUGUCAGAGAACAACAUAAACACUGGAUGUAACCAGCCCUAUGGCUCACUACUUAAUAGGUUCAACAACUUUUACACCAGACUGGUACAUGAAAACCAGAUUUCCGAGGUGAAGACACAUGAGCUUAAAGAAAAAGUCAAGUUUAAUCCACCAACCAGCCUGACUGUCCGUUAUGGAUCUGACUCUAACCUGUGGCUCAACUGGACCCAGAUUCGUUCUAAUUGUGUGGAAAGUGAAGUUCGCUACAGGAUCAACAACGGGAACUGGGCGUCCUCUCGAGUCAGUAUUGGGAAGCAGGAUUACUGCCUCAACUUGCCCUCCCGCAGUUCCCUGUAUGAGCUGCAGGUGCGGAGCAGAAUGGGGUACGCCUGUGGACUUUCCAAAUUCUGGAGUGACUGGACUGAGCCUGUGGUCUGGGGAUCCAACAACAGCACGGACCCUAAUAAAAUGAACAGUUCAAUGUCUGUGUGGACCCCAGUGCUGUCUGUGGUGGGUGCUCUUAUCCUCAUCAUACUGGUCAUGAUGUUGCUGCACAAUGAAAGAAUCAGAAUCAUCUUAAUCCCUGUGGUUCCCAAGCCAUCCCCAAACCUUCAAAACAUCGAGGAUUGGUUUAAAUUCCCUAAAGGCCUGAAAGAGGGUUUAAACUACAAUGAGCGCCCCUGCCCUGUGCGUGAGUACUGCCAUGUCCGCCAGUCUGACAGCGAGAGCUCUGACUGCUCAACCUGCUCUGUCACCACCGACCAAACCGACUGCUCCGUCUUCAUCCCUGUGAACGAAUCGGACCUGUCUACUCCCUGCUCCUCUUCCAUCUCACAGUUUUAGUCUCAUCUGAGGAAGAGAAGCAGGUUUCUGUUUAGGAGGCAUCUCAAUCAGGUUGAGUCUCUUAAAACUUCCAAAUUGUCUUAAACUGACACAUCUCCUGCAUGACUGCAGGGAUCAGAAAAUGGAUCAAGAUAUGUUUGGUUUCCCCUAUGAGAAGAAACCAGAUAUUUGUUCAAGGCACUUAAAAACAAUUGAUUCAAUUAAAGCUAUUAAUGUUACGGAAUAUCAACAACCUAAUGCAGCAGUUACAGGUAAAAAAAAAAACCUGAUUAUAUUACAAUUUUACAACAAAUGAUAAAUUCUGAACUACUUCAUUUAUAUCACUUUUCAUUAGUGGCAUGUAUUUACUAGCCUACAAAUUAAGACGCACCGCCUGAUUUAAGAAUGACUAUAAGAUAAACCUUUAUUGAUCCCCAGAGGGGAAAUUAGGUUGUUAUAGUAGCAGAAAUACAGCAAUAGUACAGAUAAAUAGAGAAAGUAAAAGAAUAAAUAUUAAGAGGUAUAUAAAAAACUAAACUAAAAUAAGAGUCAAUUUAAUAACAAUAAAAGUCUUAAAAAGGUCAGCACCUAUCAGUUAUUCCUCAAACAUAAAGUGUAUUUUUAAGAGAGACAUGCAUUUUUUUCUGUGUUUUAUGACAUUUGUAUGUGUUAUUUUAGAAUUGUAUGAAAUUGAUCAAAUCUAAUAUCCCAAUAUCUUGGGCAAAAUACAUUAUUGGUGAUGUCACAAUAUUUGUUAUAUGACUAUUUGUAUUUAAUGUGAAGUACUGACAAAAAACACAAUGCAUAAAGGCCAAGAAGAUAGAUAGUUAAAUUCGUAUUGAUCCUAAAAAUUGGAUAUUACAGUGUUACAGCAACAAAAUAUCAGACACACAGCACACAUACAGAAUAUACAUGAAAUAACAGGAUACAAUAUACAUGAAAUAAUAGAAUACAAGAACAAAUAUUUAAAAUAUGUACCAGUUGGGAAUAAAAAUGUACAACUACUUAAAUAGUAUUAAUACAGAUUUAAGUAACCCUAUUGUGCAAGUUGCACUUAGUGCAGUAUUAUGAUGUCUAUGAGUCUUAUCUAACACUCUGUGUGAAGUAUUAAAAAGUUGUAUUGCCUGUGGUAGGAAUGAUUUCUUAUGGCGGUCCGUGCGACAUCGAAGCUGUUGGAGCUUCUUAGAGAAGGUGCUCCCCUGUUGGCCCAGUGUGGUGUGGAGAUGGUGGUCGGGGUUAUCAAUGAUAGAUAACAAUUUGUUCAGUGACCUCCUCUUCACCACAGCUUCAAAUGUGUCCUGUUUUGCAGCCAAAAAGGCAGCUUUCAUUGUUCAUUCACUCAGCUAGUCAAAUUACCACAUUCUAACCCUUUGUAACUCAUGAACUCUCUUGGUUUAAUUAAUGGUUCAAAAUCAUCACUAACUAAUGCUAUAUAUGCAACCUUGGGAGUUGUCAAGUCUAAAAGUCUCUGAGCUCCUCCAACACUACAAAAAAAAUCUGUUUUUAACAAUUUAACGGCUGGAAGGAUUAAUGUAAAAACCCUUUCUUAAUGACUUUACUAACAUCAUUAGGAAAGUUGAAAGAUGUUUAAAUAACAUUUAGAAUUGCGGACAUGGUGAGUUAUUAGAAAGUGAGAAACCAUUGGCAUCUAUUAAUGGAUUAUUAUAUUUAUAACUGCAAAUAUUACCAAAGAGAAAGUAUAAACAGGCAACCCAAAAUGUACUCGUAUUAAAGGCCUUCCAAUUGAUCUAUAAAACAUUAGUAUAUAACUCAUUAUGCCCAGUGAUGAACUGGGAUCAAAAAACAGCCCUGGCAUUUGCAACACACCGGCCCUAUUUUUGUCAAUAACCUUUGUCCUAGGGUCCCUGUCUGAUAGGAUUUUUGCUUUUAGAUGUUUUAUUACAGAAAGUGACCCAUGCCCAAAAUAGUCAUUCUGUCAUUUUAUUACUUAUGGAUGGAAUUUUAGUAAAAAAUAAAAUGAUUCCCUUUUUUUCUGGGGGACCCCAGACCCCUCUUGGAACAACUGUAGCAGGCAAAUAGAAUAGUUUUAACCUAGCCUCAUAUUUUCUGUAUUAUAGUCCCAUAAUUUUGAAUGUAACCUAUCUUAACUGAAUGUACUUUUUCAAUGUGGUUGGACGUUUCAGCAACCUAGGCCUACUUGUAUUUUAGUGUUUGUGUUCAAAAUCUAUAGCCUAUAUCUGUAUCUGGCAUGACCUGUUUUUGAUUAAUAAAUGUACAUGUUUAAAGUUCUGUGA